AAGGGGCCGCAGCAGCGCCGCAUUCCUCCUCCCGAGUUGCCGCAGUCGGAUAGCGGCGCUCGCCCCAACCAGCGGGAAUAAUCGCUCCCCUUAGCGAGCUCUACUCUCUGCGUGUGUUGUGUUUGCUCUCGGAUGUUGUGAGUGUUGCGAAAAUAGAGCUGAGACCGGGAGGGCAGAUUGCGAUGGUUCCGCACUUCCUCGUCUUCGCCGCUCUGCUCCUCGCCGUUACGAAAGGUGUGGAGAUAACUCGGCUGUCGAUGCCACGCUGGGUUCAAAAUGGCACCGAGGAUUCGGUGGUGCUGGACUGUGAGUACAACUAUUCCGAGGAGGAGGACAAACGACUGGUCGUCAAGUGGUUCUUGAACGACGAUCCACAGCCGAUCUAUCAGUGGAUCCCCGAACUGAAACAGCGCUUCGCCUCGCCUCGGUUGCAAGGAAAACUAAACAUGGCCUACACCGUCUCACCGUCCAGCCAGCACACCAUGUACCGGGCGCUCAACAUCGUCCGGCCCACGACCGACUUGAGUGGCAGGUACUCCUGCCACGUGGUGUCCCUCUUUAGCCAGGAUAUGGAGGAACAGGUCAUGGUGGUCUAUGCCCCACCUAGCCGGUUCGAGUUCAACUUCACUCGGCAGUCUUCCGAUUCGCUGAACUUAACGUGCGAGGCCGACGGGGUUUUCCCAAAGCCUACGAUGACACUGCUGCAGAUCGGGCUCGAGUACGAGGACGACGAGUGGCGGGACUCCUCCGACCAGCCGGCCAGACUGGUGUCCGGCGUCAAAACCAGCACGCGCAGUCAUCGCUCCACCGGCGCGUACCACAUCCAGGCAUCCAGAGAAAUCCGGGACUCGGACCUGGGCACUAACGGGGAACUGGUCGUCAUAGCCUGUGUCCUCUCCAUUCCUGGCACCGAUUACGAAAAAGAGAGGCGGCUUCUUUUCUAUUCUGGUUUAAUAUCGAGCACGUGGCGCCCCAGAGAAGAAUAUCUGUUCUUAUUAGUAGUCGUUCUUCUCAUCACCACCUCCUUAUUAUCUUAACAUUUCCAGGAAUAAACUUCUUGGAACAUCAGGAAGUCGAAUCUGGUCGGAUUUUCUCUGAAUGUUCCCACGAUGAUGAAGACGUCAGAGUCUGAUGAUGAACAGACAGACAGACACAAGACAAUGUGAUAGGAGGGGACGAGAGGAAUUUUCCCAAACUCCCCAAGUUUACUUUGCGCGGGACUCCCUUUCGAAGAGACCGUCGUUCUAACUUUUUAACCGUUAGUUUAUCUCUCUCUACGCUUAUAAUGCAGAAAAAAAAGUAUAAAGAAACGUACUUUCUUUUUUACCAAUUUCAUGGACACUUGUUUACUAAUCAUCUGGCGUGCCCUGAGAAGAUAAAUGGAAUAAAUCCUUAUUCUCAUGGCUCGAGUAGUAGCACUUGCAGUCCCAACAAGUAUGUAGGAGAAACCAUGCAUUUCAAGUAUGAAAAAAACAGGAUCUUUAUUAUUUUUGCAAAAAGCUGUUUAAAAAAAAUGAAAAACUUAACCAAUCGCUUUGAAUUCGCAUGGGGUCAAUUUGGGAUGUUAUUUACGUUAUUUCAAAAGCUGCUUUGAGUUACUAGGCAUAAAACUACAAAUACGUUCAUUUCAAGUAAAUAAUAGAAAAAUAAAUUUAAUGUAAAAACAGAAAUAAAAAUGUAAAAAAAUAUAUGCAUUACAUAAAGUUAGUCAAAAUUUGACAAAAAAAAAAAAAAAAAGGAAUUCUGGUAUUAAAUUUUUAAAAGGUGAUACCGGGGCCAAAUUAAGAUUAUUUUUGUAGCAUAAAUAGUGAACACUAUAUUUUCUUGGACACAAAAAUUGAAUUAUGUUUUUUUUUUUUAGAAAAAAGUAUGCUUUUUUUCAUUGACGAAAGAGCGCAAAAAAAAAAAAAAAAAAAAAAAAAUCUGGAUAUCUGGAAGUGUAGUUAUCUUGUGGUGGUUUUACAUGUUUCUCUGGGCACUAACAACAGAGGAGACCAAAAUAUGGUAUUUCCCCUUUUCGAAAAAGUCUUCGACUUUGUGUCCAAAAGAUAUUAUAAAAAAAUUAAAAGAAUGUUUAAUACAAUGAAACAAAAGUGAACAAUUGUUGAAUUAUGAUUUAACAAAGAUAAUAAGUUACAAAUAAUGUCAUAAAGUAAUGAAAUAAAGUUAAAAUAAAAAGUAUUUACAAAAUUUAAUUACAUCAUAUUACAUAGUUUUUCUAAAAUAUAGUUAUACUACUAUUACUAAAGUAAUUGGAUCUUUUCACGAUUUAAUCCGUAACUGAUUAAAAUUGAGUUUACAAAACAGUUCCACCCCAUUCAUUAUCUAUUGGAUGACAUUCGUUGUGAUCCAUAUGAACAGGUAAAUAGAGCAUAAAAUAUUGCUACGAGAUAAAAGUUUAUAUCUAAGCCUUAGUAAUUACAAUAACAUUAAAUUAUGUUAUUGUAAUUACUAAUUGUCUAUAAUCUAUGUUAUUUUAGUAGCAUUGACCAGUAGCUUUAUUCAGCUCUGAAUACUUUAUUAAUCUCUGAAUACGAAUAAAAUAACAGGGAAACCGGUUCUUUAUUAAUUAUAAAAAAUCUUUUAAUAUCAAAAGAUAUUAUUAUAAUUUUUAAUGUUAAUAUUUUAAUAACGUAAAGCUAUAUUUAAGCUGCAGGUAAAUCGUUCUACAAAUUUUAGAUUUUUUAAAAACUUUAAUGGCCUUAUCUGCACUCUGCUUUUUUUCUCAUAUUAGAAGAGCUCUUUUUUUUUCUUCCCAAAUUGUAACGCAACUAACUCAGAAGUUCCUAUGAAGCACAAAACAUGUCGUUAGAUGCAAAUAUUAAAUCAAAUAUAUCCCUUUAGGGUUUAUUUUAAGAAAUCAACUUAUAGAUUUUGGUUUUUCAGGGUUUUAAAUUUUUAUUCAUUUGAAGCGAAAUUUAUAUUUUUAGAACUUUAAAACCUUACUUUCCAACACAGUGCUACUUCUUUAGCUAUGGGAAUCAAGAUUUAUUCCCUGUAAAUUUCAAACAGCGCCGUUGAAGAUGACUUCCUCUAGAAAAUGGCGAAGUCUGGGGAAAGUGACAUUUUCUGAUUCGAUUUUAUGGUGAAAUCUUGUACGUGCCUGAGGAGCGAACAAUCAUCGCCCGUGUUGGAUUAACUAGUUGCCCGUUAUGACUCGUCAUGACAUAGAGAUUUGUUUAAAGUUUGUUAAAGAUUUUAUUACCUUUCACUACCUCCAACUGUGUUGGCGGGAAAGUGGUGCCCAGAGUAUCUUUAGUAUAACAUUUUGUUUUACCGUUUGUACAUAAACAUGAAUAUUUAUAUAUUGUUUAUUUUGUGCAUCUCUGUACUUAGUCACAAAAGUAUUGAAGUGUGUCAUGUUGAUAUUUAGUUUGGUUUUAUUAUUCAAGGUUUUUUGAACAAAAUGCGUUUGAUUAUUGUUUUGUUUUUGGACCUGCGUUUCUUAAUAACUCUGAUUUUACGCUUUAAUAAACCUGAACACACAUGCAGACAAAAAAAAAACAUUUCUUUUAGCAAAUAAAUAAUUCGGAUACAGUAGAGCCUCGAGAACUCGGCACUAAAUAGUCUGAGUGAUUUCAAAAACUCGGCCAUAUUCCGACAGAACGAGAAAACCCCGCGCGAAGAAACCUGUUGCACAGGCAGCUUGUACAAACCAGCUGACUUUUCGGUCCACAUUAGGCAGGGUUUUUUAGGUUCUACUGUAAUAUUUAAAUUCCCUUUUAGUGCUAAAAUUCAUACCUAUCAUCUGAAUGAAGACUUUUCUCAUAAUUCUUUGCACUUUCAUUGUUAUUUCUGUUUGCAAUUUUCAAAUUAUAUCUUUUGAAUUCAAUGGCAAAUGUUAAUUUAUGAAAAUUACACUAAGCUGCAAAUUUUUGUAGCGAGAUCUUUUAGCUCUGUAGUGGUUUUCUUCUCUUAUUCGAAAAAUGCAGUUUCGUUAAAAAAAUAGCCUUUGAUGCUUUUUUUUUUCAUAUUUAAAGGAAGAAAGUAAAUUUAUUUUACACCCUGAAAGUGUCAUAGAUUUUUAAUAAAAAGUAUAUGUCUUUAUAAUCACUAUUAUUAUUAUUAUUUGUUAUUGCGUCAAAAAUAACAUUUUGUAUUUUUUGGUCUCAUUACUUGAGUUGAACUUAUUACUUGAAAGCAACAAGCUAAACAAGUACCACGCAAGUAUUUUUUUUAUUUUUACGCUUUUUAUGAAAUAAUUAUUGCAUGAACUAAAACAUGUUGAAUGCUGUUGGCAAGUAAAAUAUUCAUCACAUAGUGUAUGGCUCUUAACGAUGGUAAAAUAGUUAUGCAUAUUGUUUAAAUCCAUUUAGUUUAUAUGUUUAUAUUUACACCAAAGAUAAUGUACAGUUCGUAGUAUUGUCUGUCGUUUUUAUUUAAUGAACUAAUUUUACAAACCCUUUAAUUAAAACUACUUGCAUGACAUUAAAUUUAAAAUUUUCCGGUCAGCUUUAAUAAAUAUGUAUGUAACAAUUAAUAAAAAUAUUAAUAUAUUUUUGAAUAAAAAUAUGUAUAAUAAUUAUCUCUUACUUUUAAUAAUUGCAUUAUAAUAAAUACUAUUGUGUGUACGUGUACAAUAUCAUUCAUUUGCAAUGUCAGUUGUGAACAUUGUUAUGACAAAAUUAGACAACUGGAUGUGUGGGUACAUAUUGCGAUAAAAUCUUACAAUGUUGUCCACUUAUUCAAUAAAACCUUUUUUUUAAUUUUUUAUUGAAAAUCGUUUUAGUUCAUCAUAAAACAGUACAAAUUCUAGAGAAGUGUAUUAUAUUCACUUAACAAAUUCCUACAACUUCUUGAAACAAAUCUUUAUAUAGUAUUUUAAAAUCAUAUAAUUCCAAACUAUCUUGAGCAUAAAAAUUUGUUCAUAAGUAAAAAAAAACUACAAUGUCUUAUCAAAGAAACAUUAAUUAUAAGUCAUUUUGAUGCUUAUUCAUUUAAAAUGUAAAAAGUAAUGGACGCCUAAAAUUUUUCACAUGUCUUUGAGGAACAAAAUUGAUUUAUAAUAUACGAAAAAAAAUUGAAGCGAAGGUAAUGUAUACAUAAAUGUUAUGACGGGAAAAUUAAUAAAUUUUGUGCAUAUGGUAUGUCUAAUUUUUAAUUUUGAAAAUAAGAAACACAUUUACUUUCAUUUGUCACUAAAAAAAAAGAAAAAAAAAGAAUUGACUCAUAAAUAAUCAAUAGAAGUUUUAAUGUGUGAAUAGUAAACUUCUAUCUUUUUAAAAGUUAUACUAAAUACCUUUAUACCAUAAUUUUUGAAAUGUAUUUCCGAAAUAAUUCUCACCUUAUCGAAACACCUGUGUGAAUGGCUUUUGGCGUUUUAAGUUGCUUCAUUUAUUUGCGACAUGAAAGUUCAUCAAUACUUUUAUCUAGUUCAAAAAAGUACAUGCAAAAAAAAAAAAAAAAAAAAAACAAA